UUUCGUUAGGGAAUUCUACUCUCGCAUUAGAAGAAAGUUUCAUAUUACUAUAACUUCGUUGUUUCUGUUAUCAAUGGCUUCUUUUGUGGUUCUUCUCGGGACUUUCACGUUCAAGUUGUUGGUCUCGGAAGGCUCUUCUCCUUGCUUCCCUCGACUUAACCGAUUUCCUACGUCGAUGAGCUAUCCGUAUUCAUACAUUUUAUCUAACUUUGGUUUACCAUCAUCUCUUCCCCACCCGCCUUUCAACUCUUCUUUGGAAUUGAAAACUUUGAUACGCGCCCCGGACCACAACAGCACGUUGCAUUCAGUGACGGAUGAUCAGGAGGUGAAGCGACGUGCCAUUGUCGUAUGUCCAAAUGUGAUCGUGUCCUCGGGCAACACAACCCCGAAGGUGGCGUUCAUGUUUUUAAGCAGGGGAUCAUUGCCUUUAGCACCCCUUUGGGAAAAGUUCUUCAUGGGACAUGAAGGGCUUUACUCCAUUUACAUCCAUACAUCUCCGAAGUUCGUCGACGAGCCACCUGUAACCUCGGUGUUCUACAAGCGCAAGAUACCGAGCAAGCCUGUUCAAUGGGGAAACGCGACAAUGGUAGAUGCCGAGAGACGGCUGUUAGCCAAUGCGCUGCUCGACUGCGCCAAUGAAAGAUUCGUGUUGCUCUCGGAAACAUGCAUCCCGGUAUUCAACUUCACCACCGUUUACAACUACCUCAUUAACGCCAAGCAAAGCUUCAUUGGUUCAUUCGAUGAUCCCAGGCCAACCGGCCGUGGCCGUUACAACAAGCAGAUGUUGCCGAAGGUCUCGUUAGCCGAUUGGCGAAAAGGGUCGCAAUGGUUCGAGGUCAAUCGAAAGCUCGCCCUCAAUAUAAUAUCAGAUGAAAUGUACUACCCUCUGUUUAGAAACUAUUGCAACCCUCCAUGUUACGUAGAUGAACAUUACGUAUCAACUCUUGUCAACAAAAUCUCGCCGGAGCUUAACACGAAUCGGAGCAUCACUUGGGUUGAUUGGACUAACGGCGGUCCACACCCCACACAAUAUGAGAGAAAAGAUGUAUCAAUGGCAUUGCUGGAAGGAAUUAGGCAAGUAUCUAAUUGUACUUAUAAUGGUCAUACAUGCUCGAUUUGCUUCCUUUUUGCCAGGAAAUUUCAUCCCAACACACUGGAGUCGUUGCUUACAAUGGUUCCAGUAUUGUUCGGAUUUAAUGAAUCAAACACUAUGUAGGAGGUGAAAAGAUUGUGAG